GUCGGGUGUGUUGUGGAGAAUUAAUUGGUGUUGGAAGCAUCAUGUCGCGUUACGGACGCUACGCUGGUGAGGCUAAAGUGUAUGUUGGUAAUCUUGGCACUGGUGCUGGAAAGGGAGAGCUGGAACGAGCCUUCAGUUAUUAUGGACCUUUGCGUACCGUUUGGAUUGCAAGAAACCCUCCUGGAUUUGCGUUUGUUGAGUUUGAAGAUACAAGAGAUGCUGAAGAUGCUGUUCGUGGCUUAGAUGGAAAGGUUAUUUGUGGGUCCAGAGUUAGAGUGGAGCUUUCAACCGGCAUGCCACGGCGAUCUCGUUAUGAUAGACCUCCAGCACGUCGCCCAUUUGAUCCAAGUGAUCGUUGCUAUGAAUGUGGAGAGAAGGGACAUUAUGCCUAUGAUUGUCAAAGAUAUAGCAGACGCAGAAGGAGCAGGACAAGGUCUCGGUCUCACUCAAGAUCUAGGGGAAGAAGAUAUACCCGUUCACGUAGCAGAAGCCGUGGAAGAAGGUCUAGGUCUGCUUCUCCUCGCCGUUCAAGAUCUGCAUCACCACGCAGAUCCAGGAAUGCCACCCCACGUAGUUCUCGGUCUGGCUCUGUUAAAAGAUCCAGGUCUCUAUCCAGGUCUCGCUCAAGAUCCAGAUCGGUGUCACGUCCAAGAAGCAGAUCAAAGUCCAGAUCUGCAUCCCCAAAAAGAAGUCGCUCACCAUCCAGAAGUCCGCGAAGAAGCAUAAGCCCAGAAAGAAAUGGCUAGAAUACUUCACAAGAAUUGACAGCAAUAUGCUGCAGCCAAGUUUUUCACCUUCAAAAUUUUUUGGUUUGAACUUCUAGGCUAGCAUACAAUGUAUGUUGUAUCUUGUCUAUAAAACAAAUUUUUGUAUUUCAGAAUUGUCGAACAUUAAAUAGCUUGUCUUGACUAGUGAGUCUUCACUAUCUUAAAGCAGACCUUGCUGUUUGAAAUUGUGAGGUGAUGGGUACAUGAUGGGGUACCCCUUGUAUAUAGGAAACUCUAUGCAGCUUUGACAACCAUUUAACUGUUGGAGUUUGUUUUUUUUUUUUUGUUUUUAAUUUGGUUACCUGAUAAAGGCUUACUGGUCACAUUGGAGGGUUUAUUUAUGUUUUUAUGGACUGUGGGUAUAAAGUGGGGGGAAAUUACUGCUCAGUGUGGCAUUUGCAGCUUGAAUUAGCAUCCUGUGUUAAGAGCUCUCCAUUCAUUGCAAAUGUUUAUAGCACUUUGGCAUUCAGUAAGUGAAAUAAAUUGUAUGUCUUCUA